UUUUAAUAUGGUCGUAGAUGAAGUGAGACGGUCCAUUAUGAGAUGAUCUACAUGUUUGCUUUCACUGCACUUUGUUGGCUUCACUGUAUUUCUCAUGCAGCUGAACUUGCAUCUUGAGGAUUGUUACGCUAUUCAAACCGAAUGGACCUCAUUUCUUACAGAUUCAUAAAGUCUGAGGCUUUGUUCUGGAGUUUUGUUGAGCGCUGUUGGGGUGAAAGUGUUCAGUCUGGUGGGCUUGUUGCUUCCGGUUUUUCUAUUAUUGUGGUUGCAGCUAAAAUAUGAGUAAUUUACGUGAGAUGCAGAGACUGUAGCGUUUCCCUUUCUCCUUCUCUGCCUAUUUUUAAAUUUUUUUUGUCGUUCUCAUAGUAAAUAAGUCAUAAACCCGCUUUAAAUAGUCAAAUUUAGAUCAGCUCAUGUUAGUUUAAUGAGUCUAAAAAUAUCUUUUUGCUACGUCUCCGUUAGCUAGCAGGCUAGCACGCUAUGCUAUCUGACCACCAACUCUUGUUACACGAUGUAAACAUAUAAGAAAACCGUCUGCAUUUUUUUUCUUCUUUUAUAUCGUUGGCUUUAAUCCGUCGGAAUCCGACCGAGUCUGGAGAGCAAAAAGCUUCUCGGCCUCUGUCAGGAUAUUUGCCGGAAUAUGGCGUGACGUGUCGGUCAGGCUGUGAGUGCGAACAGGAUCCCGUAAGGUAACGUUCCCCCCACGUCUGUGAAUAGAGAAGACAUGGACAGCUCAGUCACCCUGUGGCAGUUCCUGCUGCAGCUUCUGUUGGAUCCCAACAAUGACCAGCUCAUCUGCUGGACCAGUGAGGAUGGAGAGUUCAAACUGUUGCAGGCGGAGGAGGUGGCCAGAUUAUGGGGCGCCCGCAAAAACAAACCCAGCAUGAACUACGACAAACUCAGCCGGGCUCUGCGUUACUACUACGACAAGAACAUCAUCAAGAAAGUAAACGGGCAGAAGUUUGUGUAUCGUUUUGUAUCGUACCCUGAUAUCCUAAAGGGAGAUGUCAUGGCCAGAAUGGAGGGUGCAGACGGCGGCUCAAACGGACCUCUGCCCCUCUCCGACAAACCUGCAAACAUCUCCAGGGAUAAAGAUAGCAAAGCUGCCCCAGACCGAGGUGCAGUAACACCGGGUCAGUCCAAAUCGUCCAAUCGGAAUGACUAUAUCCACUCUGGCUUGUAUACAUCCUUCACGUUGACCUCUCUGCAGUCGGGAACGCAACUUUUUCAAUCCAUGAAGGUUGAAAAUCCAGAAGAAAAGCUAAUGGAGAAAAAGGCAGCCCAGGAGUCGCCCCAGCCACCCACUGUCAUUAAAUUUGGGACCAUGCCACAGAGCAGACACACCACUCCGUCUGCUAUAGGGAAGCUUGAACUUCCGACACAAUCCACCCAAGCCCCACUGCACGAUCCGGCAGAACCUGAGUCCAAACAGGCCGGCGUCUCGUAUGUAGUGUGUGCGUUUGUGGAGAAUCCCACCUCCGAGAACGCCAUGACGGGCUUCCCGCUCUCAAGAAUCUCUUCAUUGCCACUCACGUGUUCCCAGUCGCCCUCCUCUUCUCAGAUGACGGAUUCCCAGGAGCUGCUGAUUGACAGUGAAAUUGAGUCCCUCUCCUCACAGCCUUCAGAGUUACAGCUGCAGGACCAGCCCAGCUCUGAUUCCAAGGACAUUGUACCAGUGUCUGUGAUGUCUGAAUCUCCACUGCGCAAUCUCAGCGGAAAGUCUAAGAAACCCAAAGGCCUGGAGUUGAUGCCCACGCUGGUGGUGACCAGCUCUGACCUCAGCCCUCUCAAUCUGUGCAGCCCAUCCCUCCCUAUGGCCUCUCUCACCCCAGCCUUACUGCAGACACCCCUGCUGCUCACACCCAGUCCACUUCUGUCCAAUAUCCAUUUCUGGAGCACACUCAGUCCGAUGGCACCCCACAGUCCCGCCCGGAGACAGGGCGCGCAUACCCUCUUUCAGUUUCCUUCUGUACUGAGUUCCGCGCAGUUCUCUGUUCCCGUGUAUAAUUUAGACGGCACCAACACGCCCGGCCCUCUCUCACCCGACCCACAGAAGACAUAAGAGGGAGCCAAAGACCAGCACACUUCAUCUUUGCCUCAUGUUCUUGAUUGAUAAACGCAGAUUAACCUCAUUCUGUUCACCUGAUCUGGCACACUUCAGGUAACAAAGAUUUAUGACCGCCAUUUAAGCAUUUAAGGUCAUCCGUUUGACUCUUGAACCUUUGUCACUGAUACUUUUCCUUCGGAUGUAUAUCAAGCCAUCAAAUACAUCAGUAAAUCUUUCGUUUCUAUUUUUUAAUGCGCUGGUCUUCAGGGAUCGGCUCUCGUGUGACUAAAGCAGAUGGCUGUGGAUCUGCACAGCUGCCAAAAUGGGAUUUUUAUCAUAAAACGUCCAAUUUUUGAUCAUUAGAUUAAGAUCCGGAUUGAAUUUCCUUGUCUUUUGUUUCUUGUGGAGCUUAAGACUUCGAUCAGAUGCAGAAGAGAUUCUCACGUGACGUCGACAUGGUGUAUUUGUACAGCAAGAUCCUUGUUCUGCAUUGGAUAAAAGAGGGAUCGUUUUGUACAUAAUCCAACGAGUUCACCUCGUCUCAACUCGUGUUUGCCUUUUGUUUGGGAAGUCCUCAAACAAACCUGCCUUGCCAAGCUAAACCGCCCCUUUGCCUUGUGAUUUUGAUAAUGGUGACCUCUGUUUUAUCUUGUACCUUUCCUCAUGCUGCACUUACAGCCAUGUAUUUAAAGUGUUCUGUAACCACAUAAACAGCACUUAGAUGAAAAACAAGCUGCACUUACUAGGUCUUUUGCUCCUAUUUGUGUUUACUCGCCAUCCAGAACAGUAGUGAAAUAGUUGGCUUCUUUUACUACAUUAAUAUUGUACAGUUUGUGUCUAAAUCUUCAGUUCAGUGCAUCACCCUGUAAAGCUAUCUGGUGCAACCCUCAAACAUGUUCCUGACAGCAUUUUAUUAUUCGAGAGCCACAUGAACACAAUCACUUUAAGCAGUGAUUACAAUCAGAAUCAGCAGAAGUCAAGUUUAUUUGGGAUAGUCCACCAAGUCAUUCCAAACCUGCAUGUCUUUGUUUUUUAUGAG